GGCAGAGAAUAAAAUAAUUAUUAUUACAUACAACACAAUCACAUCAUCAUCGUCAAAUCACUAUCACCUAUAGUUGAUGUUGUUGUUGUUCUAUGGAGUUUUGGCACUCAUAUGUCAAUAUAGAGAUUUCUUCAAUUCUCUGUCACCAGGUAUUGCCUUUGGCCUUGAUAGUGUGAAUUGAAUUGUUUUGCAAAUUUAAGGGUUAAUGGAUUAGAGAUUCAAUUAAUUGAUUGAUAGUGGUGAUUGUGCGAGUUAAGCAUAAAGGCACAAAGCAUAGUUGGUUUAGUCAAUGGAAGGUGUUGAUCAAAGAAAUAGUUUUGCAUUUGGUGUUCCAAUUCCAAAACCACCAAAACAUAAACCUAGUAUACCAUCCUCUCACCCUAAUAUCAAUAUUCCACCUCCAACUUCACCAACUCCUUAUGCCCAAUAUUCUCAACGAUUGCAUCCUCCGAGUUCCUCCCAUUCGAGGUCUUUGUCUCAACCUUCAAAUUUCUCAUUGGAUUCCUUGCCCCCAUUGAGUCCUUCCCCUACUACUGCUACCUCCAUGUUUGACUCCAUUUCAACAAUUGAUACGACUAUGGAGGAAAGUAACACUUUCUCUAUGGCCCUUAGUAGAGGGCAUGACUUUCUUCCUCCUAAGAAAGGGCAUAGACGCUCUAGUAGUGAUUCCCCUUUGGGAAUCUAUGGUUUUAUGCAAUUUUCUCCUAUUCCUUCUAAAGGAGAGAGCUCGGGUUAUAAAAAGCCGAUUCAGUUGGUCUUAAAGGCAUCAUCUAAGGAAGGAAAUAAGGAUCACAUUAAUAAGCCAGUGAAUGGGAGGAAGGAGGAGGUUGCAGAUGAUUUAUUUAGGGAAUACAUGAAUUUGGAUAACAUUGAUAAUUUAAACUUUCCUGGUGUGGAAGAUAAGGAUAUGGAUAGCAUGACAAGUGGUUCAAAGACUGUUGAGAGUAGUGAUAAUGAGGUUGAAAGUCAUGGGAAUGGAAAAGUGAAUGGGGCUCAAGGGGCUAGUUCGAGUUGUUCGAAUGAAAGAAGAGAAGGAGUUAAAAGGAGUUCAAAUGGGGACAUUGCACCGGGUUCCCGACACCGAAGGAGUUACUCAUUGGAUAGUCCUGUUGGAAACUUUAACAUUGAAGAUGGAUUGACUAAGCUUCCUACAAAAAAUCAAAUUGGUCAAAACUCACCUAACAAUUCAAUGGAUGGUAAAAUGCCAAAAACUGCCACAGAGUUUGGGAAUGGCGAAUUUAGCGCAGAAGAGAUAAAGAAAAUAAUGGAAAGUGAUAAACUAGUUGAAAUUGCUUCAACCGAUCCCAAACGUGCAAAACGGAUUUUGGCUAAUCGUCAAUCUGCUGCCCGUUCAAAGGAGAGAAAGAUGCGAUACAUUACUGAAUUGGAACACAAAGUGCAAACCCUUCAGACAGAAACAACUACGUUGUCUACUCAGUUUACCGAAUUGGAGAGGGAUAACACUGAGCUUAAAAAUGAGAACAAUGAGUACAAAUUAAGGCUUCAAGCGAUUGAACAACAAUCUCAAUUGAAAGAUGCUCUAAAUGAGACUUUGGAUGCCGAAGUUCGACGUUUAAGGCGUGUUGUUGCAGAACUUGGUGGUGAAUCCCUCACUAAUUGCAUGGCUCGACAACUUGCUAUUAACCAACAAAUGUUCCAUCUACAACAUCAACAAUCCAACCAACAUAGACAUUUUCUACUACAAAAUCACCUUACUCAAGAAGAUAAAGAGUCUCGGUCACACCAUAUUCAAGGCAAUGAAUUGCAUCCUCAGUCACAAAUUCAAUGCAAUGAAUUACAUCGUUGUCCUUAGAAUGCAAAGAAAUUUAUUGCUUAUUGAUGACACCAAAAAGUGGAAGAAAAUACUUUUUGUUCAAAUCAAUAUCAAAUACUUUUAGACAUGGAGUU